AUGGCCUCUCCGCCGCCGCCGCUGCUGCUGCUGCUGCUGCUGGGCCUCGCGCUGCUGGACGCCCGGGCCCGUGCCGAGGCCGCCGCCGGGAGCGCCGUCCCCGCGCAGAGCCGCCCGUGCGUGGACUGCCACGCGUUCGAGUUUAUGCAGCGCGCCCUGCAGGACCUGCGGAAGACGGCCUACAGCCUGGACGCGCGGACAGACUCCCUCCUGCUGCAGGCCGAGCGCCGGGCCCUGUGCGCCUGCUGGCCCGCGGGCCGCUGA